CUUGUUAUUAUUCCAUAACACUCAUUCGCAUCAUAACGUUGUCACAACAUAUUUGUUUACAAUUCAUUCAUAAAUCCUAAAAUUUGCGCCGUCCGCAUCAAUUACAGAGAUCGAUAGAAACAGAAGAGGCAAAAUCAAUACAACACCGAUAACAAUGUCUCAGGCAGCAACCUGUUACAAGGGUAUCAUCUUCUUGACCACAUUCGCUGUGCUGGCGCAUUGCACUUUCGAGCCAGCGUUUACUGGCAGUGGCGGCAGCGACCAAUCAGAGCAAUUUGUCAGCGACGCGGGCGACAAAAAUAACUAUGAAUCACUUAUACUACACAAGCGGCCUUCAUUCUUUGUGGGCAGCCGAUAUGGUCGAUCCGGGGGCAGCACAGCACUAAGCUCUUCUAAGAUGCGUAGACUUAGCGUGGUUCCACGUAACGAUCGCUUCUUUUUAGGCUCAAGAUAUGGAAAGCGUGGGGAAAGCAAGUCGGCUGCUGAACUCUUUUCACCUUACGAGCAACAAACCGUCGACGACGAUGCUGUCAACACUGCGGAUGGUUUUAAAUUGCAGAAUGCAAGUGGCAAUACAUUGACAUAUGGUGAACAUGAAAAUUUAUUAGAAAAGCAGCCGUUACGACAACAACAACAACCCAAAUUAGAAGCACCUUCAAUGAUGUCCUGUGUGUAUACUGGACUUAGAAAUUACUAUCGAUGUCGAAAUGUUGAUGAGAUUAACAACAUCAUCAACCAGUUGACCGUUGCUCAUAGCCUUGAAGAAACGGAGUAAAUGACAUGUUUAUGACAAAAGUGUUAGAGGGCUCUUGUGUAUGAACGUUUCACGCGGAGCUACUGCAAAACCAGCAAUAACUACAUAUUAUCGAAGCAAAAUGUAGCAGCACCACACUAAUACACAUGGACGAAUAUGUAAAAAUAAUUAAUACAUACAUACAUGUACAUACAUAUACAUACAUAUGUAUGUAUCAGGGUAGCCAACUCAUUU